GCACUUCCGCAGCGCGGGCGCAGAGAACCGGACAGUGCGUGCCCCAGUUCCGGGUACCGGAGGCAUGGUCGUCACCAGGUCUUCCCGGCUUGCGGCCGGGGUUUUAGGCCCGUCGGCCAAAGGAUCCCAGCAAAAGAGUUCUGCUACUGAAGAAAUUCAAGCACAUGCAAAAAUCAGGAAGGAAUCUAGAUAUGAUGGCCUUACUGUUACUGCCACACAGACUUCUGAGAAACAACGUUCAUCUAAAAGGAGGCAGAGCAGAACUUUGGGCUUACAAAGAGAGGUCAUUGAAUUGUCUGCAGAUGGAGAGACAUCUGAAGCUGAAUCAAAUUGUUCUGUGUUUGAGGUUCAGGAGCCCAUUGUAAGAACAACUAGGAGAAGGCAGAUCAUAAUUGCAUCUUCUCCAGGUUCCAGUGUUAGAAAGAGAAAGAAAAUAGAUUCAGUAAGUGAGCUUCUUACUGAAGAAAUUGUCUCUGAAACAGAAUCUCAUGUGUCAUCUAUUUCUACAGUUGUGCCUCCCACAGAAAUAAGGGCUAAAUCUAGAAUAGAUCCAAGCCAAGAAGCACAUGCAGGAGCUGUAUCUAAUGCUGAGUCAUCAUGCUCAGAUAGCUCUUUCUCUGGAGCUACACCAAGAACAGCAAUCAAGAAUAUGCAAAGGAACUUACAGGUACAAAUAGAGAGGAAAGAUACUAAGACCGUAACUUCAAGUGAAAAACAAAUCCUGGAUACAUCUAUGAGUUCAAAGGAUCUAGAUAACAGGACCGCCUCUCAGUUACCAACAAGAGCACUUUCUCAGCUAAAUAAGCCACCUUUCUGUAAUAUAACAGAAGAAAAACAGGGCAAUGUUGUAUCUCUUAAAGAAAUAAACAAUUUUAAGAAUUUGAAUGAAGAGGACACAAUAGAUGAUGAAAAAGAAAUCAACAUGAAAAAGAGCCUUUCUAACCUUCAGAAAUCUAGACUUCAGCUAUUACAGUCUCAAAUACAUUCAACCCCCUCAAAAAACAAAACCACAGCAAAGCCUUCAGAUCUGAACUGUGAGUCUAUAAUGAAAUCAUUCACUCAAAAAUUUGCAGUUGUAAAAGUGAACAGAUGGAAUGAUGGAAAAAAGGGCAACAUAAAAGCAAGUGACCUGACAACAUUCAGUGAUUUUGGCGAUGGUAAAGAUGAAGAGUCUAUAGGUGUAGACAUUGGUAGUGGUACAGAGGAAGAAAUGAUAGAUAUAGAUGUCAGUGAAGACAAGAAUAGCAAAAGGGAUGUAGAUCUUGAAUGUGAUACCACAUUAUGUAACUCUGAGCUAAACACUUCUCCAGAUCUAGGGGAUUCUGUUUUAUUAGUUCUCAGCAGUGAUGAAAGCAGUGGCAGUGAAGAAGACACUGUGUGUUUUGUUGAUAACAGUGGCCAGGAGGAGUCACCCAGUGGAGACACAAAAAGCUUGUCAUGUGAUAAUGCCUUGUUUGUAAUUGACACCACUCCUGGAUUAAGUGCUGAUAAAAAGUUUUACUUGGAAGCCGACAAGGCAAGUGAGGUUGCUCCUGAGGAAGAAGAAGAGCAGGAGGAGGAUGAAGGCAGUGAGGAAUCAUCAGACAGUGAUAAAAAUAAAGAUGAUGAAUUUAGUGAUGAGGAAGAUUUGCUAAAUAACACGAAGUCUAAACUUUUGAAGUUGACCAGUAGCAGCAUAGAUCCUGGACUAAGUAUCAAGCAAAUGGGUGGUUUGUAUAUUAAUUUCAAUGCAGAUAAACUGCAGUCCAAGAGAACUCUAACACAGAUCAAGGAGAAAAAGAAAAAUGAGCUUCUGCAGAAAGCUGUUAUUACACCUGAUUUUGAAAAGAAACAUUGUGUCGAACCAUAUAGAGAAUCAAAGCAUCAACUUAAAAAAAAACGCAGGAAAGAGCGACAAAAAACAGCAGGUGAUGGCUGGUUUGGUAUGAAAGCUCCAGAACUGACAGAGGAACUGAGAAAUGAUCUCAAAGCACUGAAGAUGAGAGCAAGCAUGGAUCCCAAAAGGUUUUAUAAGAAAAAUGACAGAGAUGGCUUCCCUAAGUACUUCCAGAUUGGAACCAUUGUUGACAAUCCAGCUGAUUUCUACCACUCAAGAGUUCCCAAGAAGCAACGGAAAAGAACUAUUGUGGAAGAGCUGCUGGCUGAUUCCGAGUUCAGAAGAUAUAACCGGAGGAAGUACUCAGAGAUCAUGGCUGAAAAAGCAGCAAAUGCAGCAGGAAAAAGGUUCCGAAAAAAGAAGAAAUUUCGCAAUUAAGAUUCAUCAACCCAAAUACAAUAUUGUACAUUUCUCUUUAUUUGCUAAAUAUAUUUUAAAACAGCAUCACA